UUUCUUAUUAUCAAAAAGAAUAAUAGCUUAUGCUUAAUUAAUAAUGCUCAAAAGUAUAACAAGCAUAGCCUCAAGAAUACUUUUAUGCUGCUUGCUUUAGAUAAAUUCUCGGAGAAGUUCGCUAUAUACAAGAUUCUUUUAUUGCUUAACUUCUUUUCUGGAUAUAAUCAAGUACAACUGUAUCCUAAUAGCAGGAAUAUAAUAAUCUUCUUAAUGCUCUUAAGCUUAUUCAGAAUGUAUACUCUAUUCCAGAGUGCUACUAACUCUGUUGCUCAAUUUAUAAGAAUAAUAAUUAGAUUUCUAUAUAAUCUUAUUCUUUAUAUAUACUAG